AUGGAGUUCCCGAUAUGGCAGGGUGUAAUUAUUGCUGCUUCAACUACGUCCAUGUUCGCUUACAUUCUAAUCGUAGUGCACAUCUUCAGAGGAAGGAAACAAAUUCCGUUUUACAACAAAUCAUUUUUUCGGCUCUGUCUUUCUAAUGUUUGGGCCUGUUUGUUAUGGAAAUUAUGGGCAUUUCAAUAUAUAACGCCAUUCCUGAUAGUGCUGACAACAGUGGUACUGCAACCACUAAAGCCGCUCACACAUGUAUCUAGCAAAAGUCAUGUUAUGUUUAACUUCGAUGAUGGUCCAAUGAAGCACCUCACACUUAUUGGUGCAUUGGCUGCUGCUCUGACUAUGAUACUUUCACUUCUCAUGUAUAUCAUGACUAUUGCUAAAAUGCGACAUUUUCGCAGAACACGAAUCUUUAGCACAAAUCUGAAGAUCAGCAGCAGUUCUCAUAGCGAUUUGGAGAAACGCUGCAUGGCAUCUGCAUUGCUCAUGUUUUGUGGAGCUGUCCCUCAUCUGAUGAUAUGUAUUAUGAUUAUAGCGUAUCACAGAUCAGCAACUGUCACUUCGUUCUAUGCCCAUUUAUGGAUUCCAGCUGCGGACUUAAUGAUUUCCGCUCCUCCAUGGGCUUUGAUAGUGAAGUCGACAAAGCUGCGUAGGUACUUCCGGGAGAAAGUGGAGACGCUGCUAGAUGUUGAGUGGCUAAGCUCUACAAAGAAACCCACCAUCACAAAAGUGAAAUUUGUUAGGGAGACGAGAAGUGCGAUUAGAAGGCCGAGCAGGUGUGAUUAUCUAUGA